AUGACACUUAUUCUAGUAAUGUCUACAUUUGAACUUGAUUCUAUAAAUGCUUCAAUUACACAGAAAAUUCAGGAUGAUAAUAUGGAAUGGCUGAGUAGUGAAUCCGAAGACAAUCUAAUUGAAAUUGAUCAUAGAAAAUCAAAUUUUCCAAAAAAUUUGAAGGAGCAGUCAAAAGCUGUUUUUGAAAGAGGAAGUACAUCGAAGGCUUUGCGCACAGAGGAAAUUGAGGAGGAGAAGUUGCAUACAAAAGAAGCAGAAGGAGAGCGAGAAACCCACGCUAAGCGUAAAAAAGUAAAUCAAGGAGCACCUAUUAAGAAGGAAAAUGAAGCGGUAGAACAAAAAGUUGCUAGUUCAAGUCAUAUAUCUGACAAGAAUAUUCCUCAUCAACAUUCUCAAGCUCGACUUCGUGGUGCUCAACCGGACAUAGUUGAUGACAAAGGGUGGUCAUGUAAACCUAAAAUCGCAAAAUCCAACAAGAAAAAAGAAAGGAAGCAACAUGACAAUACUAAACAAAAAACCGAAGGUACUAUGAAAGAUCUAAUCGAUCAGGAUAAACCUAAAUCUAAAUCUAAACUAUGGCGAAGAUUUAGCUUAUUAGGUUGUAAUUAG